AUGGGCUCCACGGGCAAGAUAGAGACAAGGCUGUUCAUCAAUGGCAAGUUUGUUGAGUCUUCAGACGGGAAGACGUUCCCCAUCAAGUCACCAGCCACAAGGGAGCUGGUCGCCGAAGUGUACGAAGCCAGCGAAAAGGACACCGAUGCUGCGGUAGCCGCGGCCAAAGCAGCCUUUCCAGCAUGGUCUGCUCUCUCCCCCGCUGACAGAGGUGUGUACUUGAAAAAGCUGGCAGCCCUGUUGGCCGAAAGUGGUGAAGAACUCGCUCGAUUAGAGGCUCUUUCGAUGGGUCGGCCCGUAUCGAGGUAUUUCGACAAUCAUGCCGCAGCGAACACCUUUGCGCAUUACGCAGAGGCCGGAUACGAGGCCCAGGGUGUCAGCAGUUUGAACACCCCGGGAUUUGUGAACAUGACAUUCAAGCAGCCGUAUGGAGUUGUCGCGGCAAUCAUUCCCUGGAACGUCCCGCUUGUGUUCUUUGCCAACAAGGCGGCGCCGGCACUUGCAGCGGGAAACACUGUUGUUUUGAAAAGCAGCGAGAAGGCGCCAUUGACAUCCGCCAAAGCUGCUACUCUGAUCGAGAAAGCAGGGUUUCCGCCCGGAGUCUUCAAUGUCAUAUCCGGGCACGGGCAGACAUCAGGGGCGAUAUUGUCGUCGCACAUGGACGUCCGGGCCCUCAGUUUCACAGGGUCGUGUCGAACCGGCCGGCUCAUCCAGGCGGCGGCAGCGAAGUCCAAUCUCAAGCAUGUUGUCCUCGAAUUGGGAGGAAAGUCACCUGCCAUUAUUUUUGAUGAUUGUGACAUCGCAUCUGCUGUUCAGGAGACGAGAGAUAGCAUUCAGUACAACAGUGGGCAAGUUUGCAUGGCCAACAGCAGAAUUUAUGUACAAGACACCAUUGCCGAUAAGUUCGUCCAGGCGUUCAAGGAGCAGUUUGCCAAAGUCUCACUGGGCGAUCCGUUGGACGCCAAUACCGACCAUGGUCCACAGGCUGAUUCGGCGCAACUGGACACGGUGCAAAAAUAUAUUGCUGCCGGAAAAUCGUCUGGCACGCUGGCUCUGGGAGGUACACCGGACGUGGCUGGUCUCCCAGAAUCCGUUCAGCAGGGUUAUUUCGUGGCACCGACUAUCUUCCUACACACUCCGGAAGGGGCUGCGGUGAUGAAAGAGGAGAUCUUCGGGCCGGUUGUGAACAUCAAUACGUUCAAGACUGAGGAUGAAGUGAUCGCCAAAGCCAAUGACAGUGAAUUCGGCCUGUACGCCGCGGUAUACACCAACGACAUCAACCGAGCCUUGAGAUUUGCGAAGGCGCUAGAAGCAGGCACAGUGGCCGUCAACUGUACCAGUCCAACGAUAGCAAGGGAUAUGCCAUUCGGAGGCUUCAAGAGCAGUGGAUCGGGUCGGGAAGGCUUCGGACACAGCCUGAACAAUUUCCUAGAGACCAAGACCGUGCUGAUCAAGCUCAAGUGA